AUGGAUCACCCAGCUUCAACUACUCCCUGUGAACCGAUCGCCAUUAUAGGCAUAGGAUGCCGCCUCCCAGGUCAGGCCUCAUCCCCAAGCAAGCUCUGGGACCUCCUCAUCAACAACGUGACAGGCUAUGGCUCCGUCCCACCCUCGCGGUACAACGCCGCAGCAUAUUACCACCCCGAUGCCGACCGACCGGGGAGCAUCAACUCUACCGGCGGCUACUUUAUCCAAGAAGACAUCAACGCCUUCGAAAAUGCCUUGUUCGGAAUCAACAACCUGGAAGCGACAUCCAUGGAUCCGCAGCAGCGAAAGCUCCUCGAAGUAAUGUACGAAGCGCUUGAGAACGCUGGCGUACCACUGGAAACAGUCCGCGGGUCCAAUAUGGGCGUCUAUGUGGGCAAUUUCACCAAGGACUACUUGAAUAUGCAGUACAAAGACCCGGAGUACUCCUCCCGAUAUACUGCCACCGGGACGGGACUAGCUGUGCUAGCGAAUCGCAUUACACAUUGCUUUGAUCUGCGGGGACCGUCGCAUGUUGUUGAUACGGCGUGUUCGUCCUCCUUGUAUGCACUGCAUUCGGCUUGCUUGGCGCUCGAUGCUGGGGACUGUGACGCGGCUGUGGUGGCGGCUGCGAAUUUGAUUCAGUCGCCGGAGCAGCAGAUGGUCGCUGUCAAGGCGGAGUUUUGUCGCCUGAUGCGAUGUGUCACACUUUUGAUGAAAAGGCGAACAGCAAUGGUCGGACACCCGGCAUUUCUCAGCCAAGUGUGGAAGGGCAAAGGGCCGUUAUUCGGGCGGCGUAUCAUCGGGCAGGCCUGGAUCCGGGAGAGACGGAUUAUGUUGAGAGUCGGUGAUCCUACAGAAGUCGAGGCCAUAUCUAGUGUUUCUCUUCGUCGGAAAGGAUGCCCGAUUCUCGUUGGUGGAGUCAAGCCGAAUCUUGGUCACAGCGAAGGGGCGAGUGGUCUGUCGGGUCUACUCAAAACAAUCCUAGCACUCGAGAAUAAGAUAAUCCCUGCGACGGCUAGGGUGAAGAUAAUCAAUCCGAGGAUUAAAUGCAAGGACUGGAACGUGGACAUUGUCACUGCGAAUCAAGCGUGGCCGGGAUCCCGGACUCCGCGAGCAUCAAUCAAUUCGUUUGGUUUCGGAGGUUCAAACAGCCAUGCUAUUGUUGAAGCAUGGGAAGCAGACCUGCUGACCAACGGAUAUGGGGAAUCGCCAGUUGAGGAAGAUCCAGCCAGGCUCUAUAUCUUGCCUCUUUCGGCUCGAUCUGAAACGUCCCUCCGACGAAUAGCUAGCGAUUUGGCUGAAUACGUUGCUCACUCAUCUCAACCUAUUCCGAUCAAUGAUCUGGCAUACACACUGAGCUGCCGUCGCUCCAAGAUGGCUACUCGUGGCUUUUUCAUUGAAUGUCAGGCGAGUCUGAACAAGGGGCUCGAUAUGUCAAACCCGAGGUUGAGAGGUCUCGACAAUGAAAGACAAUUCUCAUUGUGUUUUGUUUAUACCGGACAGGGCACACAGUGGGCUGGCAUGGCGAACGAGCUUCUAAGUAUUAGCAACGUGUUUAUAAAGGCCAUAAAUUAUCUUGACUUUUGCCGCCGUGCUCUUCAUCCGAAAAAUGCCCCCGCCUGGACGCUUGAGGGUAUUUUGCGCGGUGACGAAAACCGUGAUAUCAGCGCCGCAGAAAUAUCACAACUGCUGUGCACAGCGGUGCAGAUUGCGCUGACGGAUAUGCUCAAAGACUGGGGUGUUUUCCCGGAGAUGGUGGUUGGCCACUCCUCUGGCGAGAUAGGAGCAGCGUACGCUAUCAGGGCUAUCGAUGCCCGGCAAGCCAUCUUCGCGGCUUACUUUCGCGGAGCCGUUGUUGCUGGGGUCUCUGCUGAAGGCUCCAUGGUUGCUGUAGGUCUUGGAAAAGACCAGGCACAGGCAAUAGUCGAUAAUAGUACUACCGUCAGUGGCGAUGCAGACGCCAUUGAUUCUCUGCUCAAAAUGUUUCCAAAUAGAGGUAUCUGGGCACGGAACCUGAUGACUGGGGGUACAGCGUAUCAUUCGCAUCAUAUGAAGGCUGUGGGGCCGAGAUAUGAGGCUUUACUCAAGCGCUAUUGGUAUUUGACUGAUGGCCAGGCCAAUGGUCAUGUCAAUGAACAUGUUAAUGGGCACAUCAAUGGAUAUCUGAAUGACACUUCCGAUGGUCAUGUCAAUGAUCAUGAUAAUGGAAGUGUCAACGGCUACGCUAAUGGCCAACUUGAUGGUCAAGGCGAUGCUCCCACGCCAUCAGUGACCAUGAUUUCAACUGCAACCGGUGGCCCGAUCAGUACAAGUCAAGUCGGGAUGCCGAAAUACUGGCGCUCGAAUCUCGAAUCUCCAGUACAUUUUGACGCGGCCAUCAAAAUCAUCCUGGAGCAAGGGAGUCAUCAUCUGAUAGAACUCGGUCCGCACUCGGCCUUACAGCUCCCCAUAAAGCAGACUUCAUCGGACAUUAAACAGAGUCGCUAUACGUACAAUUCUGCUCUCAUACGCCACCAAAAUGCCCAGCUAACCAUCCUUCAACUUGUCGGUUUUUUGUACUUGCAUGGACACGAUGAGCUUCAGUACCACAAGAUGUUCGCAGAUAUCCCCCAACCUCACGUCUUAGUCGACUUGCCUGCCACCUUACCCCUGGGACUACAGCUCACCUAUAGGAUCUAUAUGCCAUCAGCGCCAAGAGCAGGGGGCGACAAUGUUUCGGAGUUCGAGAUUGGUGAUCGUGUCGUUGCAAUGGCACCAAGUCAUUUUGCAACCGUUGAGCGCUUACCCGAAUGGGCAGUGAUAAAAAAUGCGCGACGAAGAGGAUUUUACGACAGCCUCCACGAUUCCGCUGGUAUUCUCAACGGUCAUUUAUGCACUGCAUCAUCGGGCGAAUAUGCAGACAAGAGAGUCCUUCUUAUUCAUUCCGCUGCUGGGGGUGUUGGAAUGGCAGCGAUCCAGUACGCGAAGCAUCUUGGGGCCAAGAUCUUUGCCACCGUCGGAAAUGAAACUAAAAAGUCAUUUCUUGUGGAAACGUAUGGUUUAGAUCCAGCCCAUAUCUUCAACUCGCGCAAUUCAUCAUUCCUUCCCGCCAUAAUGGAAGCCACUUCUGGUCAAGGAGUUGACGUGAUGUUGAACUCCCUGACUGGCGACCUUCUGCGCAGCAGCUUUGAAGCAUGUGCCAGCUUUUGCCGCUUCAUCGACACUGGCAAACGUGACAUCCUCGAUCAUGGCCUCCUGGAUAUGUCCACGUUCGGCCGCAAUGUCUCUUUAAUGGCCUUUGAUCUAUCCAAUCUUUAUCUCUCGAAGAACCAAACUCAUCACAGACUCUGGAAGGCCCUCCUCAAACAGAGUCUUGAAUUAGUGAGAGCCAAGAUCUGUGAGCCUUGUAUCAUGAUCAAGACAUUUGAGGCGUCAGAUAUCACCGAUGCAGUCAGGCAUUUCUCAUUAGGCACAACGGCUGGGCAAAAUCCGAACACCAAGAUCAGGCUCAUCCCGAAGAAGUAUGAAACAGCCAAUAGUGCCCAGAAGUACUAUCUCAUGAUAAGGGGCCUGGGCGGGCUAGGUCGCAGUAUAUCCAAGUGGAUGACAUCUUGCGGUGCUCGACGGUUUAUAUUCCUCAGUCGUUCGGGUACUGACAAAGCCGAGGCGAAGGGCUUGGUUGAUGAUCUACAAGCGCAGGGGGCUCAUAUUAUAGUAAUCCGGGGAGAUGUUUGCCGCUACGAGGAUUUUGAACAGGCGGUAGAAGCGGCAGAUUGUCCUAUUGGAGGCGUGAUCCAGGCAUCUAUGGCACUCGACGAGGCUAUAUGAAGUGAUAUGCCACAUAGUGCAUGACACACGACUAUGGGUCCCAAGGUGCAGGGGACUUGAAAUCUUCACAAUGCGUUGAGGCAGAAUAGUCGAGACUGCCAGCUGGACUUUUUCGUCAUGACUUCGUCUAUCUCGGGGACCAUAGGCACCGCAACUGAAAGCAACUACUGCGCAGCCAACUCAUUUCUAGAUGCUUUCGCCCGUUAUCGCAACCACCUGGUACUGCCGGCCAUUUCCAUUGGCUAUGGAAUGAUUUCAGAAGUAGGAUGUGCACGAGCACCCGGACAUCGAAGCCUUCAUGAAGCUUGGAGGCGUCCACCCCAUCAACGAAGACAAACUAAUCCAG